UAGUAUGCAUGUAUAUAGACAUAUACAUAUAGACGGUACUAGUUUUUAACGAAAUACAUUUUUAGUAUGGUAGUAUUAAUAAAUCUGUAUAAUUCCAGAUAAUGAUAGAAUAAAUUGCAAUUCAGGACUAAAUUUUAUUAAUAAAUACAUUUCUAAUGUUUAUAAAGAGACAUUGAACCAUAAACAUAAUGAGGUGACCAACCUAUAUUACUUAUAAGCACGACUAUAUGUAUACCUAUAUAGUGCUAAUACGAACAGUAGACAUAAUUAAAAACAACAGCGGUGGAAUUAAUAUUACCAGUGAAAAUAACAAUAAUUAUAGAAAUUAAAUGUUUUGUAAAGGUAUAGAAACGUUCUAAACGUGAUAUUUUGAAAACCAUGCAAAAGUAUCAAUGUUUGAAUUUAAAUCACGAAACAUUCAGUAGACUAUUCACUAAUUAUUAAUAUCAGUCAAAGAUACAAUAUUAAAUGGUAAACUUGUAUUCAUCAAUGAAAAUCUUGGCAUGACUAUUCAAUAUAGCAUGCCACCUUUUGGAAAUGGAAUGCAAGAAAAUUGCUGUUAUACCAAGAGGGAUUGUAUUAAAUAAAGAAACAGGUCAUUGUCAUUGUUACUAUAAUUUUUCUAAUAAGGGUAAAUGGCCAUGGCUGAGAACUUGGAAAGUGAAAAAUAUCCUUUACAUAAAUGCAUAUUUCAAGGAGAUGUUAAAGCCUUAAGUUCUUUAAUUAGAACCUACGAUAUUGCAGAAAAAGAUAAACAAGGAAAUACUCCGUUACAUCUAGCUGUUAUGUUAGGGAGAAAAGAAUCAGUCCAAUUGUUACUUGCACAUGGUGCACCAGUAAAGGUAAAGAAUUUGGCUGGUUGGAGUCCGCUUGCAGAGGCAAUUAGUUAUGGAGAUAGACAAACUAUAUCAUCAUUGGUACGAAAAUUAAAGCAACAAGCAAGAGAACAAAUGGAAGAAAGAAGACCAAAUUUAGUUGCUACAUUACGUCAAAUGGGUGAUUUUUAUAUGGAAUUAAAAUGGGAUUUUCAAAGUUGGGUACCAUUAGUUUCUCGAGUACUUCCUUCGGAUGUUUGUAAAAUACACAAGAGUGGAGCAUCCAUUAGAAUGGAUACUACCCUGGUAGACUUCAAUGAUAUGAGGUGGGAAAGAGGAGACAUAUCGUUUAUUUUUAAUGGCGAUCAAAAACCAAGCAAAUCGUUAACAGUACUCGACAACAAAGCUAAACUUUUUCAAAGAGUGAGAUACGAGGAAACAGAAUUAGAAAUAGAAGACGAAGUAGAUAUUCUUAUGUCAAGUGAUAUCAUGGCAGCGCAAAUGUCGACAAAAGGUAUUACAUUUUCAAGAGCACAAACAGGUUGGAUAUUUCGUGAAGACAAAAGGGAGAUGGUAGGACCUUUUCAUGCUGAUUUUUAUCAAAUCAAUGGAAUGGUUUUGGAAAGUAGGAAGCGACGAGAACAUUUAAGCGAGGAAGAUUUACAAAAGAAUAAGGCUAUUAUGGAAUCAUUAACAAAAGGAAGUUCGCAAGGAUUUGCAAAUGGGAAGCCGCCUGUUAGAAGAGCUUCUUUAAAUCCGCCACCGGAAUCGAAUAUUACUUGGGAAGAAUAUAUUAUGGCUCCACCUGGUCAAUGUCCACUACUUGGAAGAAAUCUUGUUUAUAAAGAAAGCAGUAAAUCGUUUAAAGCAACAGUUGCUAUGAGUCCAGAUUUUCCAUUGACUGUUGAUAUGCUACUCAAUGUUUUGGAAGUAAUAGCGCCGUUUAAACAUUUCAGCAAAUUAAGAGAAUUUGUGCUUAUGAAAUUACCACCUGGAUUUCCUGUAAAAAUUGAUAUACCUAUUUUACCGACGGUAACGGCAAAAAUCACUUUCCAAGAAUUUGCUUUUCGCAAUGAUAUAGAUCCACAUUUAUUUCAAGUACCGUCAGAUUAUUUCGAAGAUCCUAUGAGAUUUCCUGAUUUAUGACGAUUCCGCGUUCGACAGAAAAUUCACGUCAAUUGUCAAAGUAAAAAAAAACUCGUUCUUAUUCAAAAUAGUAUUUGGCUUAUCGAAUUAUGCUGCUGUCAAAAGUCCUUUCAAAAGAUCACAAAAUAUUCUUGGAAUAAAAUUACUCCGAUUCUAAACAUAAAUGGGAAAAAAUACUGUUUAUGAAAGUACACGAUAAAUUGGAAGAGUGGCAUCAUUUAUUUACAACAGUUGUAUUCUAAAUCCUGAAGAAGAAAAUAACGUAAUAAAUCUAUGCACCUUAAGAUAUACAUUCUGCUCCACCGAGUGCAUAAAAAGAUAAUGUACUAUGCACGUUGUUUUACCUCAUUUAGUUUCAAUUUUGAAUUCUCCUUCUUCACUUGUAGCAGUUAUUAUUUAAAAAGUAUUUUAUUUGCGAAAUAAAAAUGUUCGCAAUA